CCCGGCCCGGCCAGAGGGCCUCGGGGCCAGCGGGCCACACGGCCACGCCAGUGCCGCCUGCCGCGAGCCCGAGUUGGAGUCGGGCCAGGCAGGCAGGGCAGCUAGCCUGGCUCCCACCAUGAGCGCCGAGCUCAACGUGCCUAUGGACCCUUCCACUCCGGCCUGCCCUGAGCCGGCUCCCAAGGGCAUGGAUUACCGGGACUGGGUCCGCCGUAGCUACCUGGAACUGGUCACCUCCAACCACCACUCCGUGCAGGCGCUUUCCUGGAGGAAGCUCUACCUGAGCAGGGCCAAGCUGAAGGCCUCCAGCCGCACCUCCGCCCUCCUCUCAGGCUUCGCCAUGGUGGCCAUGGUGGAGGUGCAGCUGGAGACGCAGUACCAGUACCCGCGGCCGCUGCUCAUCGCCUUCAGCGCCUGCACCACGGUGCUGGUGGCUGUGCACCUCUUCGCCCUGCUCAUCAGCACGUGCAUCCUGCCCAACGUGGAGGCCGUGAGCAACAUCCACAACCUCAACUCCAUCAGCGAGUCCCCCCACGAGCGCAUGCACCCCUACAUCGAGCUGGCCUGGGGCUUCUCCACCGUGCUGGGCAUCCUGCUUUUCCUGGCUGAGGUGGUGCUGCUCUGCUGGAUCAAGUUCCUCCCGGUGGAUGCCCGCCACCAGCCCGGCCUCCCGCCUGGCCCCGGCGGCCACACCGGCUGGCAGGCCGCCCUUGUGUCCACCAUCAUCAUGGUGCCCGUGGGCCUCAUCUUCGUGGUCUUCACCAUCCACUUCUACCGCUCGCUGGUGCGCCACAAAACGGAGCGGCACAACCGGGAGAUCGAGGAGCUGCACAAGCUCAAGGUGCAGCUGGACGGGCACGAGCGCAGCCUGCAGGUCGUGUGAGGCCGAGCGGCUCCCUGGGCGCUGCCGACACAGCCCGGGCCAGCGGAGGUCACCUGCCUUUGGGGAGUUUCAAGAAAAGGCAAGUGGUAAGGAGGCUGCUAGACACUGCCAGAUAGGUCAAGACCAGAGUUUUACUCCUGUGUUUAUGCUGUAAAACCUGGAUCGUUUCCCCUCUGAAAAUGGAAAUCUUCAAAUGAGAGACUCUGUAGCUAAGAGCUUCGGGCAAAGACUGAGUCCUCAGCCUGCGGAUUUCCCAAGCCGGCGGCCGGGUUCUGAGCAGCUCCCAGGGGCCCAGGGGGGUUGAGAACUGGAAGCACCGCCAGUGGCUGCAGGGAGCGCGGUGGGCAAGGGUCACACUGCCGUGCUAGGUGGGGACAGGAGCACAGCGCGGCCUGCUGCCGCCGCCUCUGGGCUGGAGGGAGUCAGGUGGCCUGUGUGUGAAGGGGCAAGAGCUGGGGCACUUGCCAGCUCGGCAGGUGUGGCCGGAGCCCCCGUCAGACUCUGGGGGAGGAGAGUCACCAGGCUCUGGGGGAGACAUCAGGCGGAGGCCUGACCAGGGUUGGGGGGCAUGCCGUGCCGUGGCCCCUGUGUGACGUGUCUUGAAGGUCACUUCCCGAGAGGUGCUCUGAAGCACCCCAGGCCUGGAUGCCUUCUCAGCCCGGAGCCCCAGCCACGCUGACUCAGGAAGGCUACUGGCUUGGGAAAAGGACCCACAGUCCAGAGACGGUCACCUCUUGGCCACAGAGUAUGGUCUCUGAGCCUGAGUCAGCCGCCUCCAGAAGGCCGUGGCUAUGGGCCCAGCGGCGGGAGGGGGUAGUCUGGGGGACUUCUGUCUAGACAAGGUCUUUGCCGUGUCUGUGGGUGGCGGGGCUAGAGGCUAGCCCUGGGUAAACGCAGGGCUGCGUUUAAUGACUCAGUGCAGACGCAGGGAGCCCCAGAGCGCUCCCCUCCCAGCCCCGCCCCCUCAGCCACACACAGGAACCAGCUCACAUGUUUAUGCAGCCUCUGCCGAAGUGGCUUCUGGGGUUUCCACUAAGCUGUCUGGUGGCCCUACGCCCACGCGCUGUCGCUCGGCAGCUGGCAGCACCCUGUGCUGUCUGAAAGCCACAGCCGCUGGGAGGAGACACCUUUUUGUUUCGUAAAUAACCACUGGACUUCGCCCUCUGGCGACACCCUCUUGACUGCUGAUAUCCCUGUGGGGUGGGCGGCCUGGGCCAAGAGCUGGCUGAGGCUCUGGGAUCUGAUGUUCUGCUGCCAACAUAACCUUGACACGUUGCUGUGAAACAUGGGGGCCCUCUGGGGGCUGAGCAGCGGUGUUGUGCCAUCUGUGCGGAGUCUGGCCAUCUCGUCCCCAGGGCCCAAGGAAGAGCUCCUUCCCGGGAGCCAUCUUCUGCACACGUCUCGUGACUCGCUCGCUCUCUGGUCAUGUCUGUUCUUUGCCGCAGCCCUGUUGGAAAGGCUCUUUUGGUUUAUUCUGCUUUUUCACUGCAAGGCACCCCUUUGUGCCCCAGCAGGAGUGAGUCUUGGGGCGGUAGAGCUUUGGAGCUGAGGGGCAGCAUUGGAGCCAGGCACUUGGAUGACUUAUGGCGGCCCCACACGGAUAGGAAGAAAAGGGUCUUUUGUGUCUUGCUCUCCUUCACCCACAGGCUCACCCAGCCAGUGUGAUAGUUGCCAGAGGGGUAAUUGCAUCGGAUUUCUGUGGUGACAGAGGUGACUGUGCACGGGGCCUGGUGGUGGAAGGAACCUCAGGUGACCCCGUAUCUUGUCAGGAUGAAAAGCUGCAUUUGGAGCUGCAGAACCACCCGGCAGCACACGUGGGGGAGGGCAGGACGGGUCUCAGGGUAGAAAUUCAUUUCCGGAGACUUAACCUGAUUGCGGACGUCCGAGGCUGGGCCUCCGUGCCGUGCCGCCGGCCACCCGCGUGGCCUUGCCCUACUUUCCCCGCACAGAGCCUUCCCGGUGCUCCUGAGACGCGCGGAGGCUCUUUCCAAACCGGAACGCAACCUCCCGUUUGUACCUGACCAGAAGUUUCAAAACUCGCGUCUCUAUUUUAGGAACUGAAGGCAGUGUGUUUUAGUGUCUUCUAGGAAGGGCUGUUGGGGACGGCGGCACAAGCCCUGGGGGUUUGGGGUGCCUCCGUGGAUGUCGCCUGUCUCAUGCUGAUCAUUCAUUAUGCAUGACACUCUAGAUCGUGUAUGGGGUACGUGCCCCCACCCUGUGUGUGAAUUUUUAACACCGUUGCCCUGGAUUGAACUGAAUAAACACGUAACGCUCUGACUUAC